AUAUUAAAUAAUAUAAAUUUGUAAAUUUCUGAUCACGCCAAGUUUCGUCGGCAUCUCUUCGCAUCAAAGCCCUAAUCUCCCUCCCAAAUUCACUUUGCGAUAGAUUUGUUCAGAAAUCAAGAGGAAACUCCAGAUCAUACGUUAUUAGACUUGUACAAGAAAACUAACAAUGAGAUUCAGAAAAGGAAGCAGAGUUGAGGUUCUAAGCCUCAACGCGCCAUCUUACGGCGCGUGGCGAACAGCCGAGAUUCUCUCAGGCAACGGUCACACCUACAGCGUUCGAUACUACUCGUUCGGUCUUGCGAAAGACGAGACAUUGGAGGAGAGAGUUGCGAGGAAGAUGAUCAGGCCUUGUCCUCCGAUAACUGAUGUUUACAGAUGGGAAUCUGGGGAGCUAGUUGAGGUUCUCGAUCACGUGUUCUGGAAACCCGCUACGGUCCUCAAGGAGUUGUCGGGACGAUGCUAUGCUGUUCGGUUACUUGGUGUCGCGGUGGAACUAACUGUUCAUAAAGUUAACAUCAGGGCGAGACAGGCUUGGGAAGAUGAAAGAUGGGUUAUGAUCGAAAAGGUAUCUUGUUCUGUGAAGUCCUCGACGUUGACUGGAUCUGAUGUGAACCAGAACCUAAAGCCUUACGAGAGGAGUGUUGUUUCUGUAAGACUGUUGAAGAGACCUUCACCCUGUGAGUCUGCUGAAUCAUGCACAGGGACUCCCAAGAAGAUGAGAUCGACGGAGGAAAGCAAUGGUUACCGUCAAACGGUGAGGGUAAGAUCAAAAAGGUUUAGUGAUGAUGAAUGCUCGGUUGGUAGCUGUAGCCCUAUUAGAUAUGAUGAUGAGUCGACUUCUUUUCUAGAUGGUUCUUCUUCUAGCCAAGAAGCAGACUCUUGUAGUAGUGAUGCAGAAUCUUCAGAAGGAUGCAGUGGUGGUGGAGAGGCGAGGAGGUCCUGUAGGCCUGAACUGUCCACGUACCGGAGUACACUGGGGAAGUUAUUUGCUCAAGGCCCGCUUAACUGGGAUCAGGAAGCAUCACUAACGGAUCUCCGGCUUUCUCUGAAUAUAUCAACUGAUGAACAUUUGAUGGAGAUAAGAAACCUAACGUCUGCUGGUGCUUGCUGGCCAUACUUCCCCUGCAAGCUGUUACGUAUUUUUCUUUUCCAAGAGGGUUCUUAUAGUGAUCUGUGUAGACAGCAGAAUGGAAGAAUGUAUGUAUGGAAACUCCAGUCCUUAUUGAACAGAGUAGCAAUGCCGGGUGCUUGCAGAUCCUGCUUGCUUCUAGAGAUCUUAACUCUGAUGCAUUGGGUUUACCGAAUCGUGCAAAACAUGAUGCCUCUUCUUCCUCAAAUACAUAAGUUAAAUUGUGUUGUGUUUUUCUUUUCGGUCAAUCAUAACUGAUUUGUUGCAGGUCUUGUUAGAUCAACUCUGUUCACAGGCACUGGAUAUGUUCCGCAAGGAGUAAAUUCACGGUCUGGUUGGAUACGGUGAUGAAUCGGCACUUAUACAGAAAGUUUUUCUUCAUGAUAACAAGUGCUAUACCUGAGAGACUAUUGAGUUUAGCCAAAUACUUGCGACAAUAGUCUUUUUAAUCUUUCAGCAAGUGUGUUACGUAGGUGUGAUUCUCAUGAUAUCUCCUCUGAGCACACCCUGAAUCCUGAGAGCUGCCCAUUUUUGUUAGUUUGUGGCAUGUGAACUUCAGUUCAAGACUAGGGGUGAAUCAUUUGUUAGAAAAAAAACAAAAAUGAGAUGGGCCUUUUACAUUUAUCUUUCAUUGUGAUGCUAAAUAUGUUAUUCAAGGUCUCUUGAGCUUUA